AUGAGUUUCAUUGCUAACCUCUGCUCUGUUGAGUUUUCCCUUCAUCGAUCUCCGACGGUACCUCUACACCUCCGGCUUCGUCAACUCCGGCCUCCGGCUUCGUCAAUUCCUCCUUCACGCUGGAUCAGGCCCAUGAGUGGUUUCGACCCUUCGACCAUCGGACCCUGUUCCAACUUCCGAUCUUGCGUCAAAUUUCUUUGA